GUCACUUCAUAGUCAUACUGAUUCUUGUGCUUGGCUUGCCGUUUGAGGCUUCUAUUUUCUAAUUAUUGCUAACACGAAACAUUAUUAAAUAAAUAUGGUUGAAAAUAACGACAUGGAGUUAUCGGAAGCUGAGGCUGAACAAUACGACCGUCAAAUUCGUUUAUGGGGAUUAGAAUCUCAAAAAAGACUACGAGCUUCGAAAGUUCUCAUCAUCGGCUUAACCGGUCUCGGUGCUGAAAUCGCAAAAAACAUCAUCCUUUCCGGUGUUAAGAGUGUGUGCUUGCUUGAUAAUGAAAAACUGCGAGAGACAGACCUAUACUCUCAAUUUUUAUCUCCACCCGACAAAGUUGGCGAGAACAGAGCCGAAGCGUCAUUACAACGAGCAAAAGCUCUGAAUCCAAUGGUAGAGGUGACGACAGAAACAAAAUCAGUUGAUGAUUUACCAGACAGUUUCUUCACUCAGUUUGAUAUUGUUUGUGCAACUGGAUUAAAACAAGAACAACUAGAACGAAUAAACAACGCUUGUCGAGACAGCAACAAAAAGUUCCUUUGUGGCGAUGUUUGGGGUGUGUUUGGUUAUAUGUUUGCUGACCUAGUUGAUCACGAAUAUUCCGAAGAGAUUGUUCAACACAAGGCUGUCAAAAGAGGUCCUGAUGACACAGCGAAAAAUCCCUGCGAGAAAGUUACAAUUAAUGUUAAGCGUCGUGCAAUUUACGUACCUCUACAGAAUGCUUUAUCGGCAGAUUGGUCUAAACCAGAGUUACGUUCGAGAUUACGUCGUGGUGAUCCAUCAUACUUUGUUAUGAAAAUCUUAUUGCGCUUCCGAGAUGAAAAUAACAGAAACCCCAAUCCAUCUAAACGUAAAGCUGACACAGAAAUACUGUUGCGGAUGAGAGAUGAAAUAGUUAAAGAAUUAAAUCUACCUAAUGGUUUUGUCAGUGAUGCUCUGUUAACUGAUGUAUUUGGUAUAGUAUCGGGAGUGGCUGCAGUAUUAGGAGGUGUGAUAGCACAAGAGGUUGUUAAAGCUGUGAGUCAGAGAGAACCACCUCACAAUAACAUGUUUUUCUUUAAUCCUAUCAAAUGUGUUGGAUUUGUUGAAUUAUAUGGUCAGUAAUCAUCUCAUGAUACAUUAUAAUAAAGGUAAUAAAGAUUAUUAAUUAAUAAA